UUUUAGAAGCUACUGUCAUAUUAGAGUGACGAGAGAGAGAGAGAGUCCUCAAUGACUUCAAUGGCUAAACCUGAUGAAGAGAAAUGCGACGGUCUCGAAAUCAUUUCAAUCGGAACUCUAUACAGUGGUCUUUGGGACAAGAAGUACUGGAGCUCCUCUAGGUUUUGCAGGGUAAAGAUCGAUACCCUUACCCAGUUGGAUACAAAGCUGUCCGAACUCAUAAUGGGAAUACUUAUAAAAUGGAAAUUUGUGAAGGUCUCAAAGGGCCUUUAUUUUCGAUCACUUAUACUGAUGGAGAGUCAUGUUCUGGACAAACUCCAGAUAUUGCAUGGAAAAACUUUCAAAAGAAAGGAUGCCCUCACAUAAAAUUGUGGCAUGGAAAGAGAUUUUCGUGUAAGAUAGAUGGUGUUGAGUUUUUUGGAUUCAAAAACCCAUUUGUUCAGAGGUUACUUCGGGAAUUGGUGGCAAAUGUUGGUGGAACUGCAGAACAGAGUUUCUCGUCAUCCAGCUUUGGCAAUGGGGAUUCUGGAACAAAGAACCACACUCAAUGCAAAGAAUCAUGUACCUACCUUGCAAGAACACCACAGAUCAAAGGGAAGAGAAGCAGGAAGCAGAAAACCAUAAAUUUCAAGACAUUUGAAGGCAGCCUUAAAAAACUCCGACCUAAAGAUCAGAUGCAUAAUAAUGACAUUUCGGACUCCAGACAAGGGACUCAUUGUUAUCUUAAUGGUGCUUUGGCGGCAUCAAUAAACUUGAAAACUGUAGUUGAGGGAGAAAAUAAUCCCUUCAUAGCCAAAGAUGGUUUGCCUUUGGAAUCUUCUCACUCUGAUCAUCUCAAAGAAGUUACUCCCCAUAAAGAAAGCAAUCUUGUUAGUUCUGAAAACUGUAUAUCCUCUGGGAUUGCUGGCAAUUUAUCCAUCCAUGAUCAAUCUCUUGAUAGGUCAAAACAUGCUGAAAUGCAAAGGUUCUAUUCAUCAAUGGCGUCAGAAGAUAAAGAUGGAGAAGCUCCAAUUUCAACAGACACCCAAAAUGUCAAUGAUAUGGAUCUGUAUGCACCUGAUACUUUGGACCUUCUGCAGGAUAGUACUUCGGAUUCUCAACGAGAUAGCCUAAAGGAAAUUCCUUGCAAUGGGAAAUGUGAGUUAAUUGCUCAAAAUGUUGCAGUUUCUGAGGUGCCAGCACCUGAUUUGCAUCCACAAGAAGAGAUGGGCACAUUGACUGCAAGUUCUGAGAAGAGUGAUUUUGAUUCAGUUGGUCAGGAAAUAACCAAUUCAAUGAUGACAGUUCUGCUUCCUCGAGCACUUCCACUUCUCAAAACAUUCUCAAGGAAGCAAAAAAAAAUCAUGGACCCUUCAGAAAUUUCUCCUUGUAGGGAACAAUCCCCGAAGGAAAAUAACAAAACUGACCACCAUGUGGAUGUUGCAUCUUCAGAAGCGCAUACUCAGAGUCCCCUUUUAGGCCAGCAGGAAAACAAGAAGAUGCAUAUCUUGAAAACGGAUCCUGGUUCAGUUGUCCCAAGUUCUGGACAAAAUGCACCUGUUGAUCCUGAUAAUAGUGUCAAUAGUGAUCAAUCCGGUCCUGAUGUUGCUGAAGCUGGUUUAACAACCAUGGGUGAAAGCAAAACUAGAUCUGACACUUUGGGGUUGCCUGUUGGUGUUGAUGCAUCAGUUCAGCCAUCAAUUUGUCAAGUUGGUAGCAGUGACAACAAAAAUAUUUGCUCUUACAAUAAAGGACCUGUGGCCUUGAUUGCAUGUAAUGAGGAUAUUUGUGGACAUUCAGAUGAAAAAUUUAUGCGCCUUGAAAUCCAUUCCAAGGAAAAGGACCACAAUGCGUCACCUAAUUAUUCUAAAGGUACAAUUGAUGACAACUCAACAACCAUGGCGAGCUUUAUUCAAGCAUCAGAUAAGGAAAUCAGUCUUAAUAACAGGGUAGCUGGUGCUGGCAAUACUUCCUUUACUCAAAUCCAAAAUAAAGCUACUUCAACAAGAAAACACAAUGGUCCUCUCACAGAAAGUAUAAUUUUCAGAAGCUUUACUGAUGGUGAUGCCCCUGCCUCCGACACGUAUACUGCCACAAACUUUUUUCUUGCCUCAGAGAUUCAAUCUGCUAGCUCCUCCAAUCAUCGCCCACAUAAAAGUGUUUCAUCUGGUGUUGAUGCCAGACUAGAAAGAUGGCCCCACAGUUUGCACCCACAGAAAAAUACCAAAAUUGCUAAUGGUGUACUUCAUAAUGUGGUUAUGGUUUUGCCACAAAACCAAGCAUUUGUUUGUCCCUCAAAUAUCAAUGACAAUUUGGAUUCUCUUGAUCCAUCUGCUUCAUGCAUAGGAAAAUCUAAUGCCCUUGUUGACGAGGAUCUGCAGAGGAACCAAAAUCUUGUUGAUAUAAGCAAUUCUGUAUCAUGGUUGCAAAAACAGGGUACGAGUUUCUGUGUGAAUCAUGGGGAAGUUGCAGAUGAUUCAAUCUUAAAGCCUCUGAUGAGCAUGGGGCAUAUUGACAAACCAGAGAGAAUUGUUGAGUUUGUGGGAUGUUAUGUACACCCCUUGCCAAUUUCAUUAGUGUUAUUGAGCAAAAUAGAGAAUGAAAUCUAUCUUUGUGUUCUAUGUGGUAUUCUUGUUGAUAAGAGUGGAAUCUUGUUUAUGUACAAGGUAUCAUUACAAGAACAAAGGGUAGGAUGCCCUUCUUUCAUUGGUCACACGCCAAUCCUGUUGCCAACUUCAAGAGAUGCGUUUGGUAGAGAAAUUGCACUGGACAGAUCUGGUUUGCAAGUCACUCCGGAUGGGCAGUGUCUUGUUUUACUGGAAAGUGUGAAAGCUCCUUAUUGCAGGGAAGGUAAAAUGCAGUGUCCAUGCUCCGCUUGUAGAUCAGAUUGCUUUAAAAGCAAUGUGGUAAAGGUCGUGCAAGUAAAGCAUGGCUAUGUUUCAGUUGUGGUGAAGUUAAAGGCAGUUGACAAUGUUCAUUGUAUAUUAGUUUGUGAACCUAACUGUCUUAUCGGCGUUGAAGAGAGUGGGAGAUUGCAUCUAUGGGUCAUGAACUCAACAUGGAGUGCACAGGUGGAGGAAUGUGAUUUAUCAACUGCUGACUGCAUAUUUCCUUGCAUAGUGGAGUUGAAGAGAAUUCCUAACUGUUCUGCUCUUGUUGUUGGUCAUAAUGGCUUCGGGGAAUUUAGUUUAUGGGAUAUUUCCAAGCGCACCUUUUUAGCAAGGUUUUCUUCUCCAAGUAAUUCAGUUUUUCAGUUCCUGCCAAUCAGUUUAGUUAGGUGGCAAAGCGAAGGUCAUGGGGACCCCAUCAACAAUAUUAUCGCUGCAACUAAAACAUCAUUAUUGGAGCAGGGUGAGAACCAUGUGUCUAUUCCAAUAGAGGGGGAAGAUGUGGCUAUUUGGAUUUUUGUCUCAACUGUCUGCAAUUCCGAUGUUCAACAUGACUUGGAAUCAAGCAAUCACAAAAUAAACCCAGUUGGAUUUUGGAGGCUAGCUCUGCUGGCGAAAAACAGGGUGAUCUUGGGAAGUGCAUUGGAUCCAAGUGCUGCUGCAAUAGGUGCAUCAAGUUAUGUUGGCAUCAUUGGAACAUGUGAUGGACUUGUUUACAUGUGGGAACUGUCUUCAGGAACUAAGCUUCGGGAUCUGCAUUGUUUCAAAGAUGUUGGAGUCUCAUGUAUUGCGAUUGAUGAUUCAAGGUCGGGUCCUCUGGCUGUUGCUGCUGGAGACCAACUGAUGGUUUAUUUGCCUUCUCAAGGAGGCAUUUUCUGAUCACCGUGGUAAUAAUAUGCAAACAAGUCUACUCAUUCUCUAAGAUGAUCUUACCUGUGGACCUGUUGGCCAGUGAAGAACCAUAUUGUUUUUUUAGUUGUGCCAUGCAAACUACCAAGCAAUGCAGAGUGGACAGAUUUUUAGGUGUACAAUCUGUCAUGAAUGUUGUAAUUUUGUACCUCUUUUCUGUUCAGUUCAAAUUUUGAUGAAAGUUACACCUAUUGCCCUCGUCAGUGUAAAUAGGUGUACAAUCGUCAUAGCGAGAAUGUUGCAAUUUUGUACUUGUAUCUGUUUUCGGUUCAAAACUGAUAAAAAAUGACACCUACGUUGUGUUUAGAUCA